GCCCGGGGUAGAACGGAACUCUCACGGGUAGGCGGAGUCGGUAAACCUAUAGACGUAUCUUCCACUAUGCCGCAUGGUUGUCACGGUUACAUUUGCGAAAAGCACUACGACUGAGGGUGGCAGUAGCAGAACGGCUGAAAAGACUGUCAGGAUGGAGCAGUGUGAUAUAAUUGUGCUUGGAACUGGACUUAAGGAAUGUAUCCUUUCUGGUUUACUGUCUCAAAGUGGGAAAAAGGUUCUUCACAUUGACAGGAAUCCUUACUAUGGAGGAGAGAGUGCAUCACUUUCUCCCCUUGAAGAGCUUCACAGGAAGUUUAAGGUUCCUGGUCCUGAUCAGUCAAUGGGCCGUGGAAAAGAGUGGAACAUCGACCUCAUCCCCAAAUUCUUUCUUGCCAACGGUGACCUGGUGAAACUCUUGGUGCACACUGAAGUUACCCGAUAUUUGGACUUCAAAGUGGUUGAAGGCAGUUAUGUUUACAAAGCAGGCAAAGUGCACAAAGUCCCCGGCACAGAAGAAGAAGCCAUGCGUGCUUCAGAUCUGAUGGGCAUGUUCGACAAGAGAAGAUUCAGGAAGCUGCUGUUGUUUGCCCUGAACUUUGACAUGAGAAAUCCUCGGUCCCACCAGGAUGUGGAUCCUAACAAGAUGACCACACGGGACCUCUUCUGCCGCUUCGACCUGGGACUAGAUGUCAUGGAGUUCACAGGUCAUGCCAUAGCCUUACACAGCAGUGAGAGCUACCUGGACCAGCCGUGUGGGGAAACCCUGAGACGGAUCCGGCGGUACUCUGAGUCUCUGUCCCACCACAACCCCAGUCCAUACAUCUACCCCGUGUACGGCCUGGGAGAACUACUGCAGGGAUUUUCCAGACUGAGUGCAGAGUACGGAGGAGCUUUCCUCUUGAGCACAGCAGUGGAUGAGAUCGUGAUGGGUGACGGAAAAGUGAAAGCUGUGAAAUGUGAGGGGAAGCUGUUCCGCUGUAAACAGCUCAUCUGCGACCCCAGCUAUGUUCCUCAUCGAGUGAGGAAAGUGGGGCGUGUGAUAAGAGUCAUCUGUUUAUUAAAUCAUCCGGUUAAAAACACCCACGAGGUCAACUCCUGUCAAAUCAUCAUGCCUCAAACGCAACUCAACAGGAAAUCUGAUAUUUACAUAUCUGUGGUGUCUUAUGCCCACAAUGUGGCCUCAGCCGGGAUGUACAUCGCCACAGUGAGCACCGCUGUGGAAACCAGAAACCCAGAGACAGAGGUUCAGCCGGCGCUGGAGCUCCUCGAGCCCAUCAUGCAAAAAUUUGUUUCAGUCAGCAACUUGCUGGUUCCCAAUGACGAUGGAAAACAGAGUCAGAUAUUUGUGUCCCGCUCAUAUGAUGCAUUAAACCACUUUGAGACUGAAUACGAGGACAUUAGAGACAUGUACCGCCGGAUCACAGGAACAGAGCUCUGCCUCGGAGGAUCUCAGAGACAUAACUCUCACACCUCGGAUGAAGACUGAAAAAGACUUCAGGGACAAGUAAUGCAACCGCUGGGAGGCCGUAAUAACUAUAUUGAAGGUUAUACUCACGGCCGUGAAGCAGAGGGGGGGCGAUGGAGAGUGAGUAUCUAAGGGAAUAUUGGAGGUUUUUUUCCUAUAGUUAGUUUGCUAUUUAUACUUUCUGUGAAAUUUGAAAAAUUCAUAACAAUUUGGAAAAAAGCAUUUAUGAUUUGAAGUUUUAAUCUUCUUUAAUCUUAAUUGAAGAAUUUACUCAAUGUAUUCAAUAUUUUUGUUACAUUCUGUAUUAUUUAGAUACUCUGGGGAUAUUAGUAUUUUCUAUUUUGAAUUUGUAUAAUACUUGCCACUAAUGAACAUUUUUUAUUUCAAAUUUCAAUUCUUACUAUACUUGCCGCUAAUGUUAAUUUUUAUUAUAUUUGUAUCUUAUUGCAUCUUUUAAACAUUUUUAACUAGUGUAAUGCUUUACACUGAUGAUGGAAACAUUUUUCCAUAAAUAAAGUAUAUAUAUAAUGUUUUUGUAUGGGACAAGGUGAUGCUUUUGACUGAUAUAAAAUCCUGAGAACGCUUGCACUUAGGAUAGAAAUACAUCUUAGGUCUGUAUUAUUAUUAAUAAAUCAUUACUUUAUAGUAUCUAGCUUGGUGUUCAUUAUUCAAUAUGUUAUUUGCUGGAUUUAAA